AUGACCGCCCGUGAAACCUGCCAACCUGUUGAGAACAUAGUAAACAACUUCAUUUCUCAAAUUCAUGACAAUGGUCUAAACCCUCUCAGACUUGCCAAUAUCUCCGUCUCUGAAUUCUAUACCGAAUUGAGGAACCAUUUGUCGGUGAUCAAUGACGGCGGCAGUAUUGCCCUUGGCCGUGGAGAAUAUCUAGCUAGCAUCGGCCUAAGCAAGAACUUAGAGAGCCUUUUCUCGACUACAACACCGUUCGUCAGGGAAGGCCCACCUGUGACCUGGACGAAGCUUGUUCUCUUUGCAGGUCCUCAUUAUGAGGGUCCAGCGCAGCUCAAGGUCGGUGACUCCAGCGUCGAGCUGCCAAAGGGUGACUUUAAACUCCUACACUCCGGUAGACCUUGGCGGUUUCUCUCUCCUUGGCCCGAUAAAGACGAUUGCAUGAAGGAGCUUGAAUCGAGCAAGAUGGCACUGCACGAGCUUGCUGAUUCUCGGAAAACGAUAAGUGAAGUUUUGGAACAAAUCUCGCUUGUUGAGCAGUGUCUCCGAAACCAUCACGAUUUAGUCUCUCAGCUCUCUGAGAAUCAGAAUCACAUCAAGCCCAAGGCAAUUGACCUGCCAUUUGAUGGUGCUCAUUCCUCUCUUACAACUCAAGGUGUUUCUGACGCGCAUGCCUCGACAGAAGAUGAAAACUUGGGUGGCCGAGAUUCCCCAUUUGCCCCUACUACUAUCCGCUACGGUAGAAAUGAGGGAUUGGCUCAGCCAGUUGAUAUAGAGCCAAAUGAACCAGCUCUACCAGUUGUUGCCAUUGUGAGGAACAAUUCUCAACGGGAUGGUUUACAACCUGGGCGCGACACAAGAUCGGGAUGCAGAUUACACGCAUCCGACUUUAUCCAAAGCCUGAGCGAUGUUCUUGAUGAUCCAAAGAAUGGCGAAGCAUUGCGCUGGUCGGAAGAUGGGCAAUCUGUUUCCAUUGCCCCAGAAAGCACGUUCCCUGCCCAUUUGCUCCCAAGGCUCAAUACAAAAAGCUACCAGUCGCUCGUUCGGCGGCUAUACUACUAUGGAUUCCACAAAGUCGGGGGUGCCUAUCAUCAUGGUUCCUUUCUUCGCGGCCAGCCCAGCUCUAUUCGACCGGCUCGGGAGACGAGCGGCAGCCCUUCACUUCCUUCCUCCCUGCGCAACAGCACUUCUCAACGUGGGCCUCGGUACAAAGUGAUCAAACGAAACCGGACAAGAGAAAGUGUUUGA